UCCAUCAGGUGGAGGUGGGACAGGGGGCGGAGUCUGUCCUGCUGCCAUUCAAGACUACACCUGAUCUGCCAGGAGAAGCUAGAGUGGAGUGGAGGGACAGAGAUGGCAGGAAAGUCCAUGUGUAUCAGAACGGUUCUGAUCAGCCUGAAGAACAGGAGCAGAUCUAUAAAGACAGAACCAGGAUGAAUGAAGACGCACUGAGAACUGGAGACCUCAGCCUGACUCUGAGACGACCAACAUGGAGAGACAGUAGAGACUACAGAUGUGGAGUCUGGAUGGAGGGAGAAAAGAGAGAAUGGCUGAGAGUGAAAACAGUUCAUCUGAAAGUUAAAGCAGGGACAGUCCAGGUCCAACCAGAGGACACCAGGACCAGAACCAGCUCUGUUGAUCCGACUCCUCUGCUGGCUGAGCAUUCAGUCUGAUCGGUCUGUUGAUCCAUCUUUGAUCUUUGAUCCAAUCUGACUUUGGACCA